AUGGAAAGUAAGACGAACAAAAGUAAAACUGGAAACGUUGUUGAAAUUAAAGACAUAAAGCAAAAGCAAGGAACUUGUGAAACAACAAAACACUGUUCAAGCAACAGACAGAAAGAUAUUCUAACAGGAUCAGCUAAGAUUCUUAAGGAAUACUUCGUAAUUGAAAGUAAAAUAUUUCUUAAGACAGAGAACGUAGAAGAAUUCAAACAAAAAAGUGUUAAAAAAGAAGAAAAUAAACAAAGUGACAUUGAAAAUCUUGGUCUAAUAAAAAUUGAACCAAAGCAAGAAUAUGAUAAUAACACCAGAGAUUGUCAGGAAAACGAGAAAGAAAUGAAAAAUGAAAAUGAAAUUUUAGUCAAAAAAGAGAACGCUGAAUCUGCUGGAAGCACAGAAGAGAUAGAUGAAGAAGAAUCUAUUAUUAGCAAAUUGAGUAUUAAUAAGACUAUGAAAACUUAUUCAAAAAAACAAACUUCUACAAAUGACAGUGAACCUGAAAAUGAAGGAAGUGGAGAAACGGCUGAUUACAAAUCGUGGAAAAAAUUGAUUAUGUCAGUUUAUAACACUCUUGCUACACAUAAAUAUGCAUCCAUAUUUUUACGACCCAUUACAGAAGAUCAAGCUCCUGGCUAUCAUUCUAUUAUAUUUAGACCCAUGGAUUUAUCGACAGUGAAAAAGAACAUAGAUAAUGGUACUAUAAGAUCAACUACACAUUUUCAGAGAGAUAUCAUGCUUAUGUUUCAAAACGCAAUUAUGUUCAAUAAGGAUAAUACGUUUGUUUUUAAAAUGACUUUGGAAAUGAGAGAAGAGUGUUUACAGCAUAUGCAGAAACGUGUGGAAAUAGACUUGGUUUCCGUAGGUUUUUAA